AUGGACGAACUUGGCAUAAUUUUGCUUACGCUUUUCAUGGUCCUUCUCGUCUGCGGGCCGCUGUACAGACCAGUCCGCCUCACAUAUCUGCGCAUACAAGACCGUCGCAAAUAUCAUCCCAAGACAUCAAAGUUCCAAGACGCCCGACGAAAAUUGAGCACAGUUUCCGAGUGCAAUAGCACUACCCUCGACGGAUUGGAUCUCGAGUCGAAGCUCAAUCGGCAUGACUCGGAACCGGAAUGUCCCAUCUGUAUCGGUCCACUGUUCGUCUCAAGCAACUGCAAUGCUGCCGGAGCAGUACCGACGCAAGGGAUCACCCUGAAGGCCCCCGAUUCCGGUGGGCACACCCGUGUUCUAGAAGGAAGUGGGGAAGAGACAAGCCGGUCUACGGUCGGAGGUACGGAUGAGGUUCGUGAUGUGAAGGCCAUACUGCGAAGCUGGAAUAUGCCGUGGCCGUGGAAGAGAAAAUUGUCCGCGUCUGCAAGUGAACCGUCCGAAGAUGAUGAUAUCUUGACGCUAAAGAACUGCCAACAUGCUUUCCACGCCAAGUGUCUCUCGUCGUGGUUCUUGAUUGAAAGAUUUGAUUGUCCCGUUUGCCGAAGUCAAUAUUGGCAGACGCGGGAGACCCUAGCGCGAUGGAGCAGGCGUCGAAUCUUGCAUUAUGGUGUUGUUUAG